AUGGAACAAUUAUCAUCGUCCGGAUGGUCAUCAGAAUUACUACAAUCAUCAAAAACCAUCGGUCGUGGAAGACCUACAGCACGGGAAAAGAUUCGCCAGGCAUACCUAGAAGAUAAGGCGGGAGUCAAGGAUAUAGCGGAUAAUGAGGAUGUUCGACUUUUCGUUGAAAAAGAAGAGGCCGAUCCCGAGAUUUUGCGAAAAGAACUUGAAGCCCAAGCAAAAGCGACCGCCGCUGCAGAAGCAGAAAAAGCUGCUGCAUCAACUGCAUCUGCCGUUGGUAGUGCUUUGAUACAGUCCGAUACCCCAGCAAUGCCUAUGACCAAGCGUAAGCGCAAAAAGAAGUCUCUUAUUCCAGCAGCAGCACGCAAACGCUUCAAGCAACGGAAAGGAAUCGAAUCGGAUUCUUCGUUUGACAGCUCGGAUUCAGAGUACGACAGUGAUAGCGGUGAUGAAAAGCCACGAGAAUCUGUAGCUGCUUUGCUUGAGCCAGAAAACAUCGAUGGACAACCAACAGCUUUGGAAGAAGUGGUAGAGGCUGCGAAGAAUGUGCCAAAACCCGAAUUACGUCGAGAAGAAACGGAUGAAAUCAAGGUUAAGCUGCUGAAAAGUCUCAAUGAAGGUGAUUUGAGUAACGAUGUUGCCAAGACCUUCAAUGUUCCUGUCAAUCGCUUGGCAAGUGUUCAAGAAGCUCGGUCCAAGUUACCUGUGUGUAGUGAAGAACAAGUGAUCAUGGAAGCUAUUCGAAAUAACACUGUGGUCAUCAUCUGUGGUGAAACUGGUUCAGGUAAAACAACACAAGUACCACAAUUUUUGUAUGAAGCCGGUUGGUCACAUCCAGAUAGUGACAAUCCUGGCCUCAUUGGUAUCACCCAGCCGCGUCGUGUUGCCGCUGUCAGUAUGGCGAAGCGUGUUGCACAUGAAUUAAAUCGUCCCGAAGGCGAGGUUUCUUAUCAGAUUCGUUAUGAUGCGACAACUUCUAGCAAAACGCGACUCAAAUUCAUGACGGAUGGUGUCUUGCUUCGUGAACUUUCGCAAGAUCUGCUGCUUACAAAAUACUCGGUGCUUAUUAUCGAUGAAGCUCACGAACGUAACUUGAACACUGAUAUUCUUAUUGGUGUUGUCAGCCGUGUUCUUCGAUUGAGAGCGGAACUUAGUAGGGAAGAUCGGGAAAAAAUCAAGCCAUUACGUGUCGUGAUUAUGUCUGCUACUUUGCGUGUUUCCGAUUUUACCGAAAACAAGACCUUAUUUGAUAAACCACCACCUGUGAUCAAUGUGGAUGCCCGUCAGUUCCCUGUAUCGGUGCACUUCAAUAAGCGCACUCCUGAAGACUAUGUCGGUGAAGCGUUCAAAAAGAUAUCCAAAAUUCACGAACGACUCCCAACAGGCGGUAUCUUGGUGUUCUUGACGGGUCAAAACGAAAUUACGCAUUUAUGCAAACUUUUGCGACAAAAAUACCCAUCCUUGCCACCUAAAGCUACUCAAACGGAGAAAGUCCAAGAGGACAAGGCAAAUGAGCUCGAAACACACACUGAAGAUCUCCCCAAUGGUCAAGCCGAUGUCGAGAACGAAGACGUCGAUCUCGGUGAGAAUGAUGAUCUUGCCGAAGAAGAUUUCAAUUUAGAAUCGGAAGGGGAUGAUACAGAUAUCGAAGAAGGUUUUGAUGAAGAAGAACUUGGAUCUGUUCAGGAUGCACCCUUGCACGUAUUGCCACUCUACUCUAUGCUCCCUACGGAGGCCCAGCUUCGUGUAUUCCAGCCACCACCCGAAGGCACACGCCUUUGUGUUAUUGCAACCAACGUGGCCGAAACAUCCGUAACCAUUCCUGGCAUUCGGUAUGUCAUUGACUGUGGCAAAGUAAAGGAUCGUAAAUUUACCGUCGAAACGGGUAUACAAUCCUUUGAGAUUAAUUGGACAUCUAAAGCUUCUGCAGAUCAGCGUGCUGGUCGUGCUGGUAGAACGCAAGCGGGUCAUUGUUAUCGUUUGUUUUCGUCUGCAGUCUUUGAUCACGAAUUCGAAAAGUUCUCGCUUCCAGAAAUCAAGCGUAUGCCUUUAGAAGGUGUGGUGCUGAAUAUGAAAUCAAUGAACAUCGAUCAAGUGGUCAACUUCCCCUUCCCAACUCCACCUCCUCGAGAAAGUCUGUAUAAAGCCGAAAAGCUCCUUCAAUAUCUUGGUGGUGUCGACAAGAUGACCAAACAUAUCACUGAUUUUGGUGAAGCCAUGUCUCUUUUCCCGGUUACACCUCGUCUUGCUAAAAUGUUGAUCAUUGGUCAGCAGCAUGGUUGUUUGCCUUACGUUAUUAUCAUGGUAUCUGCUUUAUCUGUUGGUAAUCCCUUUGAUCCCAACGAAGGCCAACACCAGAAGCAUAUCAUGACAUUUGUUUCAGAGGCGAGUGAUAUCUUGACAUUAGUCACCACUGUCGGUGCCUAUGAAUAUGCCGAUGCAAGUGAUUCAUUCUGUCGUGAACAUGGUUUGCGUCAAAAGGCCAUGACCGAAAUUCGUCAACUUCGACGCCAACUUACAAAUAUCGUCGCUUCCAAUUUCCCAGGUGUCGAUAUCUGCGUCGAUCCAAAACUCAGGCCACCCAACAAAAAGCAACUCAAGAUUUUGCAACAAAUUUUGACUGCAGGCUUCAUUGAUAGCAUUGCCGUGCGCGCUGAUGUUUUAGAAGCGGGCGGCGGCAAAGGAGCUCGACACAAGAAUGCUAGUGGUGUGGCGUAUAAACUCAUGUGGAGCAACGAAGAUGCAUUUAUCCAUCCAACAUCGGUCCUUUAUGUGCAAGAGCCGCCGGUCAUGGUUGCAUACAGCGAACUGACCCAGACACCGAACAAUACCUGGAUGAAGAAUGUUACAGCCGUAGAAGCCAAAUGGCUAUGUAACUUGGGCAAGGAGCUGUGUACAUAUGGUAGACCACUGAACUAUCCUUUACCAAAGUAA